UUCCAACUAUCGCUAGGCUCCCAUCUCUUCGUGGCAUGUAUACGAAGAGAAAAUUAACAAAAAGUGAGGUGCAUUAAAAUACAAUGCUGGAGGGCUGGUACUGUAGAUCCCUGGCCAACCAGGAAGAAGGCGCUAUCAAGGACGAGCCACCGAGUGACGAUGAGCCGCAUCCGCCUACCAGAGAUCGUGUACCGGUCAUUUCCCGCGGAGCAGCAAUCGCUAGCUCAUCCUCCGUUUCCGCGGGAUUGGGGGCCAACGACACAGACUUUAAGGAGCGCUACAAGAACCUGAAGAAGAAGCUGAAGUUCCUAAUUUAUGAGAACGAGUACUUCCAGGAUCUGUUGCACACCAACCAGCGGCGCCUGCUGAAGGUUUCCCGGGAUCGAACCUUCCUACUGGACCGCCUGUUACUGUACGAGAAGCCGGCCAAGGAUUCCAGCGACACCGAUGCAACAGACAGCUCUGAUUCGGAGCCUGCGUCUACGUCGGGAGCUGCCGGAGGAUCGCAGACCUCCAAGGACGCCAUUCGCCGUAAGCAUAAGGACAAAGGGGCACCUGGAAUUUCGGGAGUUCCCCCGCACAUGCCCACCGUGGGUGCCACACGUGGACGAAGGCGCAAAGUACUGACCGGAAUGUUGCCAACGAACCUUGGAAUCCAGGCAGCGGCUGCUCCUGCUCCGAAAAGACAGCUUACCGCGACAGUUUCCCCUUCGCAGCAGCAACUGCAUCUACAGACUGCUCCCAAAGAUGUGUCGCCUGGCUUGAGCCAAGCGGAGAUUGCUCGCCAGCUUCAGGAGCGGCGACCCACGCCCCUUGAACUAAUGAGUCCGGAGUGCACCUCGGCCACCGUGCCCACAACAAUGCUCAGCGACGAAAGUCCCUCCAAGUGCUACCCCAACGAAAGCCUGCAACACCUGAUGGAGGACGAUUCGCAUUCGCACGAGGUGGCCGCCGAGGAGUGCGUGCCCAUGGAGUACACCAGUUAAUAAUUUACACAAAGCUAUAAACUAUUAAACCGUAGCUAAUAAACUAACAAGAGACACAUUAUUUACCUCGUACUAAUUUUGAGAUCCCUGAGACUGUCGGUGUAAUCUACAGGUGUGUCACUUAUGUAGAUAUCAAUAAAAAGAAACAAACAAGGCUCUAAAAAUACAUUUUAGAGUAAACAUCUGA